AUGCGCCACGCAUUUGCUGGAUUAAUUGUGUGUUGGCUGGCAGUUUGUCAACCGCAAGCUGAGGCACAGUUCGCUCCAUUCGGACAGCCAGCUUACGGCGGACAGCCUGGUUUCUUUGGAGGUGGACGCGGUCCACGUCAGGGCUCCGCGUCCCGGGCCAACACGAAUGCUUAUGAGCGCCAGGUGGACUUUGGCAAUGUGGAGUACACGCAGGGUCUAUCUAACUCGCGUGCGGUAACCCGGCAGAACGGCCAGCGCAUCGUGUCGGACAGCGAGGCGCGCACGCGUGACGUGGAUCUGGGAGGAUUGCAGAUUGGGAAUACGCUGACGCGCACACGCACCAAUGCGAAUGGCGCGGUGAGCGGCGGCGUGGCCGAUCAGUUCCGCAUUGGCAACUUGGGCCUGGGCGCCUCCCUGUCACCGGACAAUCUGCGUCAGGGUUUCGGACUGCAGCGCGGCGCCGAUGGCGACGUGCGCCUCGGCCUGGGCCUGCUCAGCCUCGACCUGGACAACAAUGUGCAGAACAGCAACACGCUCGGUCAGGCGACGGUCAAUGCCCAGGGCCGCGGUGCUCGCGUCGGCUCCAACAGCAACAGCCGCACCAACAACCAGCAGUUCGGUGGCGUCAAUGUCAAGGAGACCUUCAGCAACUCGAAUGCCUAUGGACGCACCCGUUUCGGCCAGACGUCGGCCAAUGCGGCCGGGUUUGGCGAGAAUGCGGCAACGCGCGGCGUCAACUACGGCAACUUCGGCGGCGGCUUUCGACGUCGCAAUCGUCGCGUGGCUCGUCCCAAGCGUCGCGCCCAGUACGUGCCUUUUGGCUACCCUCAGCCCGGUUUCGGCAAUGUUGACGCCACGGAGCGUCCGCGACGCCAGUUUGGGCGUCCAGGCGGCUUUGGCGGAUUUGGCGGCUUCGGUGGUCAGGGUGGCUUUGAACAAGGCGGCUUUGGGCAGCCGGACUACUAUAAUCAGGGUGGUAAGAGACGCGGCCAGGUGCAAUCCUCUGGCAAUGCAGGCGCCCAAGGCGGACCCGGCUUUAAUCAGCAGGCGGGCAGCAAUAACUUUGCCAACCAGAAUGCGGACGGCUCACAGAAUGCGGGCAGCAGCAGCAUCGGCUCCAAUCUCGCCGAGGACGGCAGCAGCGGCCAGGUAAGCUCCGCCAACACGAACCAGCAGUCGGGUCCCGGAGGAUCGACGAACGGUGCACAAAGCCAGGCGCUCAAUUUCCAGGCUGGCGAGCAGCAGGCCUCCAGCUCGAAUGCGAAUACCAAGCACACUCAGGUGGGCAACCAGGAGACCAUCGGCUCUAACAGCGGCUCCACGGCCACCAACAACAAUCAGUUCGGCAGCUCUAGCAACACGGCCAACACGGACACGCAGAUCGUCCGCGAUGGUGACCAGGAGACGAUCACAUCCGGCGCCAACAGCCAGUCUAUCUACCAGGGCGGCAAUGACCAGGGCAACGCCGCUGCCAACACCGCGGCGAACAUCAGCUCGCAGGUGGGCGCCGACGGCUCCGUAACGAACUCAGCCUCCAGCAGUGCCAGCGCCAGCAGCCAGAACGGCCAGUCGGCCAAUGCGAACGCCAAUGCCAACGCCGGCGGUAACGGCAACGGUGCCGGAGCGGGCGCCAAUGCCAACGGUGGCGGCGGCAAGCGCAAUCGCGGCGGCGCCGGCAAUGCCAAUGCCAACAGCAACGUGUUCGGCGGCUUCAAUGGCGGCUUUGGCUUUGGCCUGCGCUACCGCACCCAGCAGCAGGUGCAGCUGCAGCGCUGGCGUCCGAGACCCCGAAACAGCAGCUCGGUUGGGGACAACAUCGAGUAUCUGUUUAUAAAUCGAUCGUCGCGCCUGGAGGACUUGCAGCCGGUGGUAAACACUUCGAUCGAUGCGUUCGGCGACUACGAUGUUAGCCAGCGACAAGGCCGCACGUUCAGCAUCAUCUCCGACUGGAUCAGCAGCUUGUUUGGCUCCUGCGUCACGCCUUGCACCAUGGAGGCCUAUCAGCAGAAUCGCUGCUGCGAGACCUAUGUCUUAGGACCGCCGCCGCCACCGCCACAGACGUGCUGCUUGGUGCCAGGACCGCCACAACAGCUGCCACCACCACCGCCACCCCCUCCGCCACCGCUGCCACCCCGCCCGCUGCCGCCUAUGCCAGCGCCACCUCGCUAUCCCAUGCCCUAUCCGCUGCCAGGGCCCGUGCUGCCCGGCAAGAAUACGCCUGUCAUGGUUAUAGCCACGCCCAUCAAUUGCUGCACAGUGUGUACGUACACCUACUAUGGCCCGCCUCCCUGUGGUCGCUUCAACUACAACAACUACAACAACUACAACAACAACAGCAAUGGAAACAAGCGAGUGACUAUCUAUGUUCCACCUCCGUACUACGGUCGUUGA